AUGACAUUCAAACAGGACGAAGGAGAAUCUCUACACGCAGCUUGGGAGAGGCUCAAAGAUCUUCUGAUCGAUGUUCCACAUCAUGGGUUGUCCAAAAGGCAACUUGUGUUGAACUUCUACCAAGGACUCAACUACGAUUCACAAGAACGUUUAGAUGUAUAUGCAGGAGGCGAUCUUGGAACAAAAACACCCACUGAAGCCUACGCAAUCAUAGAGAAAGCUACCUUGAAGUCAAGUUCUCGUCACAGUGGAGUGCGAAACAAAGCAUCAUCUAUUCCUGGAGUUCAUCAAGUGGAUACGUAUACGGCUCUAGCAGCACAAAUUGGAGCUUUGGCAGCAAGAUUUGAUCAAGCUCAGAACGUUUCGCAGGUACAAUCAUCAUGUGAGCUAUGUGGAGUGUCACACGAGCCAGGUACAUGUGAGCAAGGUGUUAUGUUUACAGGCCACGAAGAGGUGGACUAUUUGGGCAAUCAAAUUAGGCCCCAAAAUAACCCCUAUAGCAACACGUACAAUCCGGGUUGGAGGAAUCAUCCAAACUUUGGGUGGAAAGCUAAUUCCAAUAACCAAAACCCACUCGGAUAUGCUCAGCGCGCUCCCGCACCACAACAGUCUCAGGGGCAAUCCUUUCAGCCCAAUGGGCAAUCUUUUCAGCCAUCAGGGCAAACUUUUCAACCACGUUACAAUAAUUUAGGUUCAGGAAGCACUUCCCAGCCUCAAACCUCUCAAACCAACUCAAAACUAGAAGAGAUGAUGGCGCAGCUGUUAAACAACUCCAACAAUGCCAAUCAAAUGUCUGAAAAGCGAUACAAGCAGCAUGAGGAGCGUUUUAUGGCUCAGGAAGGGGAGAUGCGGAGCCAGAAGGCUUCAAUUCAAACCAUUAAGAAUCAAGUCGGCCAAUUGGCCAAAAUGUUGUCUGAAAGACCACAAGGUAGUCUUCCAGGUAACACUGAACAAAACCCAAGAGGGCACGUUAAUGCAGUAAUGACGAGGAGUGGUAAAACCACGGGACCCGACAAAUUGGACUCACCACCGAUCACUGAUACGGUCUAA